UCUGUGUUACUCUUGCUCUGCUUUCCAUUGGGUACACGAGGAAGUACAAGAGUGAAAGACGGAAACUUCUCUGCUUCUACGAAGCUCACCCUCCUUUUUCCAAUUUCCCUGAUCACCGCACAAUCACUCUCCUCCAUAAAGAGGUGAUUGGAUGGACAAACAUUCUUGGGAUUCUAUGCCAACUCAUGGUGCUACAGGUCCAUCUGAGGUUUUCUCGCUUGAUGUUGCUAAAAAAGCGGGAAGCAGUACAUGGGGGAUACCACAGUGGAAUGAUGCAUUUCGUGCUUCAAGUGAUGCUAGCUUAUUUUGUAGUUCACUUCCUGUUCUUCCACUUGAAAAACUAACUUUUACUGAUUCAGAGCCUUAUGGUCAUUCUGUUGAUGAUAACUUGCCGGUAUUAGACAAAGUUCACAUAGAGGAUGAGGGACAAGAUCCACUUGAAAAUAUUGAAAUCAAUGAAAUUGGAAACACGCUUCCUGAUGAUGAAGAUGAGCUAUUAGCUGGGAUAAUGGAUGAUUUUGACUUGAGUAUGUUGCCCAACCUACUGGAGGAUCUGGAUGAACAUGAUCUUUUUGGCAGUGGAGGGGGUUUUGAAAUGGAUUUCGAACCCCAAGAAAGCCUCAGUAUUGGUAUAUCAAAGAUAAGCUUGUCUGAUGAAUUUCAUUCAAGUAGUAUUGGUCAUUAUGCAAUCCCAAAUGGCAUAGGAACAGUGGCUGGGGAGCAUCCUUAUGGAGAGCAUCCAUCAAGGACAUUAUUUGUGCGGAACAUCAACAGUAAUGUCGAGGACUCUGAAUUAAGAUCACUAUUUGAGCAAUAUGGAGAUAUCAGAACAUUGUACACUGCAUGUAAGCAUAGGGGCUUUGUGAUGAUAUCUUACUAUGACAUUCGAGCUGCUCGCACUGCAAUGCGUGCUUUACAAAACAAGCCCUUGAGACGAAGAAAACUUGAUAUUCAUUUUUCAAUUCCCAAGGAUAACCCCUCAGAAAAGGAUAUUAAUCAAGGAACCCUUGUAGUAUUCAAUUUGGAUCAAUCAGUAUCAAAUGAUGACCUUCGUCAAAUAUUUGGGGUUUACGGAGAGGUCAAAGAGAUCAGGGAAACGCCACAUAAGAGACACCAUAAAUUUAUUGAAUUUUAUGAUGUUAGAGCAGCAGAGGCUGCUCUGAAAGCAUUAAAUCGAAGUGAUAUUGCUGGGAAACGCAUCAAACUUGAACCCAGCCGCCCUGGUGGAUCACGUCGAAACUUGAUGCACCAACUGAGUCAAGAGCUGGAACAAGAUGAAGCUCGAACUUUUAGACAUCAAGUGGGUUCACCUAUUGGCAAUUCUCCUCCUGGUAACUGGGCACAAUUUGGUAGUCCAGUUGAACAUAACCCAUUAGGUUCUUUUGGCAAAUCCCCUGUUUUGAAUUUUGCCAACCCUAUGAAUACCAACCAUUUGCCUGGAUUGGCUGCAAUUCUUUCCCCUCAUUUAUCAACUUCUCCAAAGAUUGCACCAAUUGCCAAGAACCCUGGAAGGGCUAAUAAUGCAAAUCAGAUAUUUGCAAGCUCUGGAUCGACACAAGGAGCAGCUUUUCAGCAUUCUAUAUCUUUUCCUGAACAAAAAAUAAAUGCAAAUCCUAGGCCUAUAUCUACUUUUGGUGAAUCAGAUUCAAGUUCGUCAAGUAUUGGAACAAUGUCUGGCACUCAAUUUCUUUGGGGAAGUCCAACUCCUUACUCAGAGCAUUCAAACACAUCUGACUGGUCUUCAUCUCCUGUUCGGCUUCCAUUUAAUUCUGGUGGACAAAGGCAGGGUUUCCCAUAUACUGGUAGGCACAGUUCUUUUCUUGGUUCUCACCCCCAUCAUCGUGUAGGAUCUGCUCCAACUGGCCUUCCUCUUGAUAGGCAUUUUAGUUACUUUCCAGAGUCACCUGAAACUUCUCUCAAGAGCUCGGAUGUGUUUGCGAGUAUGAAUCACAAUGAUGAGAAAUUUUUUAUGAACAUGGGUGCUCGUGCAUCUCUAGGUGUUGGUAUUGGCCUUCCAAGAAAUACGACUGAAAUGAGUUCACCUAAUUUCAGAAUGAUGUCACUACCUAGGCAUGGUUCCUUGUUCCUUGGAAAUGGUUUGUAUUCUGGACCAGGAGCAAUUAACAUUGAGGGAUUAGCUGAAUAUGGUCGAAGUAGGCGACCUGACAAUAGUGGGAACCAAAUUGAUAGCAAGAAGCAAUACCUGCUUGAUCUGGACAAAAUUAUGAAUGUGGAAGACAUAAGGACUACUUUGAUGAUUAAAAACAUUCCUAACAAGUACACUUCAGAGAUGCUGCUUGCUGCAAUUGAUGAGAAUCACAGCGGUAGUUAUGACUUUCUCUACUUACCAAUUGACUUUAAGAACAAGUGUAACGUGGGUUAUGCUUUCAUCAACAUGGUGUCUCCUUCACACAUCAUCCCCUUCUAUAAGGCAUUUAAUGGGAAGAAGUGGGAAAAGUUUAAUAGUGAAAAAGUUGCUUCCCUGGCAUAUGCACGGAUCCAGGGAAAGGGUGCACUUGUGACACAUUUUCAAAAUUCAAGCCUAAUGAGUGAGGAUAAGCGGUGUCGGCCAAUUCUCUUUCAUUCAGAGGGCCAAGAGAUUGGUGACCAGGAACAUUUCCUUUCAAGCAAUUUGAAUGUAUGCAUUCGUCAACCAGAUGGUUCUUACUCAGGUGAUUUGUUGGAGAGCCCGAAGGGCAAUGUGGAAGAAAAGAUAGAGAAAGAUUAACUAUUUGUUCUAGAUAUCUUGAUCCUAGCUGUAAUAAAUGGGUUGCAGGACUGCUAUAAACUGCAUAGCUAAUAUUGAGAUGUACAAAGCUGGUUUAUUAAGAAAAGGGGAAGAAAAAAAAAAGAUAAGAGAAGUGUUGUAUAAAGGUUAAGGAGCAGCCCGGUUAUCAGUGGCAUGAGUCAGAGUUCCAAUAUGUAAGUUGUUCAUAAUAAUGAUCAAAAGAAAGAAACAGAGAGCAGUUUGUUGAUGUGUACAGAAGCCAUUGACAGUUAACCAGCGGAAAAGAGUAAGGUACAGAACCAUGCUUGGCAGAUUGUGCAGGAUGACUCCAUCUGGGAUUUGUUAUUUUUUUUUUUUUGUUGCUAUCCUUUUGCUGGGGUUUGUAUAGAAGGGAAACAAGGAACUAUAUCUGUCAGUGAUGUAAAAAAAUUGUUUAAUGACUGUAAAUAUAUUAAAUAGAUACUUGCCACUCUAUU